AUGGUUCAGAAGCAUCAGCCGACACAGCAAGAGCUGGAGCGCCGCCGGAUCGUCGGCGUGCACGCUGAGCAUGUCUCCAACAUCUCUUCCACCGACUUUCCCGGUCACUUCCCUGGCGAGGAUCACAAAUGGAGCCUGGAGAAGUUCAGAAAGAACUUCCGCGUCGAAUUCCACCAGAACGACCAGUUCGAGUCCCAGUUCUCUCUCGUUGGCGUUGACGCCGCCAUCGCCAACGCUUUCCGCCGUAUCCUGAUCGCUGAGCUCCCCACGCUCGCCAUUGAGGAUGUCUACAUCAUCAAGAACACCUCCAUUAUCCAGGACGAGGUGCUAGCCCAUCGUCUGGGCCUGAUCCCGCUGAAAGGAAACCCAGAGGCUAUUAGGAACAUGACCUGGUACAAGAAGCCUGAGAGCGGCGAGCCGGAAGAAACAUCACACACCGAUUACAACACCGUGGUCUUGGAGCUGAACGUGCAGUGUGAAUGGGCGCCGGAUGCGCGAGAGCUGGCCAAGAAGGGAGAGACGGACCCGAAGAAGCUCUUCAUCAACUCCAAUGUCUAUGCCUCUGAAAUCAAAUUCAUCCCCACUGGCCGCCAGACGGAGCUCUUCGCCGGCGACGGUGCCAUCCAGCCUGUCAAUCCAGACAUCUUGAUCGCGAAGCUGCGGCCGGGCCAGAGCAUCAACCUCUCGAUGCACUGCAUCAAGAGUAUCGGCUCCGACCACGCCAAGUUCUCACCCGUCGCGACUGCCACCUACCGCCUGCUGCCGCACAUUGAGAUCACGCAGCCCAUUAUCGGCGCCGACGCGCGCAAAUUCGCGCGCUGCUUCCCCGCCGGCGUCAUCGCCGAGGUGCCCAUAACACACGAAGAGGCGGCGCAGCCCGGCUCGCCGUACGCCGGUCACGAGGGCGAGAAAAAGGCCGUCGUGGCGAACCCGUUCAACGACACCGUCACCCGUGAGGUCCUGCGCCACGACGAGUUCAAGGACAAGGUUAAGCUUGGCCGUGUGCGCGAUCACUUUAUCUUUAACGUCGAGAGCACCGGCCAGUUCGACAGCGACGACCUGUUCAUUCAGAGCGUCAAGGCGCUCAAGGUCAAGUGCCAGGUCAUGAAGAGGAACAUGGCCAACCUCAUGAGGUAA